AUGAACGGUACGCCGUAUCAACAGAAGAAGACUUCGUUCGUGAGUGGUGCUAGUGAUUCUGAACAAGAAUAUCUAGGACUUGGUGAACUGCAAGCCGACGACGAGGAGUCCGACGAUAAUCACGCUUUUCUGAAACCUUUUCGAAAACCGUCGUCCAGAAGUGCACUUGUCCGAACAACCAGUUUCAACCAUAAACAAUACCGAAGUUUGAAAGAGAUGAUUAUCGACAUAAAGCAAGAACCUGUAAAGAAUGGUCUUCAUGUUCAAGGGAAUGGAUCAAAUCAUUCAGAUAGAAAAGUCACUUUCACUUUGAAUGAGAAUGAUUUCGAAUUUCCAAAGUUUCGGAGGAACAGGUCUCUCUGGAUACGGAUGGAAUUGAACAAAAUCAAGAUGAAACUGAUAUCGUUAUCCAAUUUACUAUCUGAUUGGAUGUUCCUUGCUCUUCUAGGAGUUGCAGUUGCAUUCAUUUCUAUUCUGGUAGACAUGAUGGUCUUUUCUUUUCAAGAACUGCAGAGAAAAACUGUGUCAAUUUACAAUAUUUAUGGAGCAGAUCAAUCUUAUUUGUUAUGGGGAUGUGGAUUACUUGGAUGGUGUGGGUAUAUGGUUGGACUAGUGGCUGCCUCUGCAUGUUUUGUACAUUAUGUGGCUCCACAAGCUAUCGGCUCGGGAAUACCAGAAAUGAAAACAAUAAUUCGUGGUGUGAUUCUGGUGGAUUACCUAACUCUUCGCACCCUUGUAUCCAAAAUAUUCGGAGUAGCAAUGGCAUUGGGAAGUGGAGUACCUAUUGGGAAAAUGGGACCGUUCGUACACAUCGCAUCAGUGGUUGCCAACCAAAUGUGCCUUCUAGCAGCGAAAUUCGAUUCUGCGUAUCGUGAGGAGAGCAGAAGAAUGGAAUGUUUAGCUGCUGCAUGUGCAGUAGGCGUCGCUUGUACUUUCAGUUCACCAGUUGGAGGAGUACUUUUCUCAAUUGAAGUAACAACUAUGUAUUUUUCUGUGAGAAGCUACUGGAGAGGUUUCUUUGCUGCCUGUUGUGGAGCAACUACAAUUCGAUUGCUGAGAGCUUAUGUUGUGGAAACAGAAGUUACUGUAAAUGCGUUCUAUCAAACCAGCUUCCGACCGGAUGCAUUUUCCGUCAACGAACUCCCACUUUUUGCAUUGCUCGGCUUAUUUUGUGGCAUUCUAGGCGCUGGUUAUAUUUCUAUUUAUAGAACUGUUGUUUUGUUUCUGAGAAAUAAUCGAUAUGCAAAAAUGGUCUUUCAAAGACACUGGAUCGUAUACCCAAUUGUGUUUUCUUGUGUAUUCUCAGUACUAUCAUACCCUCAUGGACUUGGAAUGUUUUCAACUGGAAGGAUAAAAUUCGGGGCAAACCUACGUGAUUUUUUUGCUAACUGCUCGUUUAUGGCGACAACUCCGGAUGAUCUUGUUUGUGGAGCAGAAAUAUAUUCACAUUGGUUGAAUCGAGGCAACAUUCUGCUAUUAUUGUUUUUAUUUGUUAUAGUUCACUUCAUAUUCUCAAUAAUUAGUUUUACACUGCCAGUUCCAUCUGGUGUGUUCCUUCCGGUUUUCGUUCUAGGCGCUGCUAUAGGAAGAUUAUACGGAGAGGUACUUGGGUUGAUACUAGAAGAUAUUCAUGUCAUACGGCCUGGAAUCUAUGCUGUAGUUGGUGCUGCUUCUUUUUCUGCUUCUGUUACCCAUACGGUUUCGGUCUCUGUAAUGAUUUUUGAGAUUACUGGACAACUUCAUUUCAUAUUGCCAGUUAUGAUAUCUGUAAUGUUGUCCAAUGCAGUAUGUGCUUAUUUGCAACCUUCAUUUUUUGAUACUAUCAUCAAAAUCAAACAUUUGCCCUUCUUACCCGAUAUUCCACCCUCCAGUAAUCUAGUUCAUACUACUUAUGCAGAACAUAUCAUGGUAUCACCGGUGAAGUUUAUCACCAAAAUAACCACUUAUAAUGAGAUUCGUGAAGCGGUACAGACCGGUCUCCGCCUUUACCCUGUUGUUGAUUCAAAAAAUACUCAAAUGUUGAUAGGAACCGUUUCACGAAGGUAUUUGACUAUAUUGCUAAACGGGAAAAUUGGCGAUCAGCCAAGAAAAAUUGAAGCAGAAAAACGAGUUAGGCAAGCAAUUGAAACCAUCGAUAAUCACUUCAAAGAUUCUGAGAAAGAAUUGUCAGAAGACAGGAGAAGAAUAUGUUCAGAGACUGAUUUCAAUACAAUGCAAAGAAAAAAAUCGGAUAUAGUAACUCCGUUAGCAAAAGUCAUCGAACCGACUUCCCCUGGAGAACAGAAAAAUCGGUUUCUUGUUGUACCCCUUCCUGACGUCAGCGAACCCCAUCUGUACUUCCCACCAAUAUCUUCUUCACCAACCGUCCCAAUUGAGAACUCUUUGAAACGGAGAAAUUCGGGGUCAAGAAGAAAUGCAUUGUUCAGUUUGCAAGAUAUGGAUGAGAAAUCUGCCAAAGAUUUCUUAGAUGAUCAUGGAAUUGAACACAAAACAAUUCACGGAAAUGCAAACGAGCAUCAUACGAUCAUCAAAAGCUACAUGAGACAAGCCAAAAAAUACCUUAACCAUAUGCAAUUUGGUAACCACAAAAAAGGAUCACAUGAUAACAACCCAUAUGAUCUCUCCCCGGAAGAGCGGAAGGCAUGGGAAGAAGAACAACUUGCGUUGAAGUUAGACUUGACUGAAAAUGACAUUGACCCUGCUCCAAUUCAACUUGUCAAACAAACGUCUCUAUAUAAAAUUCACUCCAUUUUCUCAAUGCUCCAAUUGAGUAAAGCAUAUGUAACGGAUUGUGGUAGGCUGAUUGGUGUUGUGGCGUUGGCUGAUCUUCGGAAAGCUCUGGAACAUACUGAAGAAGUUAUUAAAACGGAGAAGAAGAAUAGCAACUGUAAUUCGAUCCCAUCAACCGUUCUGCAAAACAAUCUUCGCCAUAUUUCAAGCAAUGUCAUUGACAUUCUGACACCACCCCUUGAAGUUGCUCGUGGAACCACACUCGAAACGAAUACAGUACUCCCUGAGAUCAUUUCAUCUCCGAAAGAAGUAAUUCCACCGCCUACAUUUGAACCCCGCUCGUCACUCCGAUUACGUCAACCGAGAGCCACCAACUUUGGAAUGGAGCCCAGAAAAAGGUCUGGUUCGGAGUUUAGUCAACGACCCGAAGAAUUUGUGGAAGCUGUUGCUUAUCUACGGAGGAAGUCGCAUGCAAUUGUAACACCAAGAUUACAUGAGGAACCAGGAGAGAGUUCAUCCUCAGAAUAA